UCCCAAGUAAGAGACAGUUGGUUUACCGGAUGCUUCAUUUGUUCACCAGCUGGUGUGAAACUCAGCAGUUGAAUGCUUGAAUGAGAUACUGUUGUCGAAACGAUUAUCGGCUGGUAAAAUUCAUGUAGUGUUUGCAAAUGGGUUCUGAUAAUUUGUAACGGCGGGAGUAGAAAGGAUGUGGCAAUUCGUGCUUGUAUUUAUUCUUGGGGCGCUGACGGUCGUCGGAGUUGAAGCUGCGGCGGCCGUCUUUCUUAUACGGUGGUUGAGUCGAAGACUUUCCCGAGAAGUAGAUAAAGCCAAGGUCUCCGCAGAACUAUCUUCCCCGCCGGACCUCGAUCCCUCUUACUACAACAAGCAGGGCAUAGUGUGGAUUCUAGAUUUAGAAAAGAUUCCAAGAGCUCCUGUGGACAAAGCGUUGGGACAGAAAAAAAGCAAGAAAGACGUCUUGGAGGUUUCACCUAUCCAAAAAUAUGCAAAAAUAAAGGACCAUUCUCUCUUCCUAUUAGAAUCUGAUGGUUCCAACACAGAAAUUCAACUUAGGGGUUGUACAAUUGCAGCUGUUUCUGCAACAGUCUUGUCGUCAAGAAAAUGGGCAAAAAGGUACCCGAUAAAGGUAGAAAGCAAAUCAUCAGCAAUAUACAAAGGAAGCAGAACAUUUUUCAUAUAUCUUGAAACAUCUUGGGAUAAGGAAUCCUGGUGUAAAGCUCUACGCCUUGCUGCCUGUGAGGACAAAGAGAAACUUAAGUGGUUUGCCAAAUUGAACAUAGAGUUUCAUAAUUACUUGACAUCACUGAAUGCAGUGUACCCUUCAUUUAUGAAACCAUUGUCACGCAUUAAUAAUGAACUUAUAGAUAAAUCAAUGAAGUUUGAUGGCUCUUCAUCAAGGGUUCGACUAUUCCUUAAGAGACUUGCUAAGAAAACUUCUAAGACCGGUGUAGAAAAUAAGGCAAACUGUGUUUCAAACUCUAGCCAAGGAGCAUCAACUGGCAAGCCUCUUGAUUGUUUGACUGAGGAAAUUGUGGUCCAUUCAUCACUGUCAAUGCCAGCUAGAUCAUCAAGCCAGAGUCAUGUGCCUGUAAUUUCUGAAGCAGACCCUGACGAUAGGAUCUGUAAUGAUGAAGGAACUCUUUGUUGGAAUUUGUUAUUAUCAAGGCUCUUCUUUGAUGCUAAACAAAAUGAGGGAAUAAGAACUUCCAUGCAAGCUCGGAUUCAGAGAACCCUAUCCAAUAUACGAAGUCCCAGUUACAUAGGUGAAAUCACCUGCACUGCUGUCAACCUUGGUAAUCUCCCUCCUUAUAUUCAUGGAAUGAGGGUUCUUCCAUCAGACAUGAAUGAGGUUUGGAUAAUGGAAAUUGAUCUCGAGUAUUCUGGUGGUGCAAUCUUGGAGGUUGAAACAAGGAUUGAAGUUCAAGAUCUAGAUUUACAGGAAGGACAAGGUACAAGCACAGAAACAAGUGAUGUGGAUGAGGUCAAAUCAGAUCUGCUAGAAGGUUUUGAGCACCUUGAAAAACACUUGAAAUUGUCCGAGACAAUUGAUCACUUGAAUCAUAGAGAUGGAGAUUGCAGAGGAGAUGAGGCCAAAAGUACUGGAAGUACGACAAGUGCAUCGCCUCAAGUUUCUAGAUGGAAAGCUAUCUUACAUUCUAUUGCCAAGCAGGUUUCACAGGUUCCACUUUCUUUGGGGAUAAGGGUUGCAUCUCUUCGAGGAACAAUUCGCCUAUUCAUAAAGUCCCCGCCAUCAGAUCAAAUAUGGUUUGGCUUCACCUCCAUGCCAGACCUUGAUUUUCAAUUGGAGUCAUCUGUUGGAGAGCAUAGGAUUACAAGCGGACAUAUAGCUUUGUUCCUAAUUAGUCGGUUUAAGACUGCAAUCCGUGAAACUUUGGUACUACCAAACUGUGAAAGUGUAAACCUGGCUUGGAUGCUAGCAGAAAAGGAAGACUGGGUCCCUAGCAAAGUUGCUCCAUUCAUAUGGAUUAGUAAUCAAGAAGUGCCAAGAACUGAGCAAGAGGAAGCUAAACAUUUGGAUGAAGCUAAUAGAGAAACUGGCAGCAGCGAUCAAGAGGGAAUACAGGAAGGAUCGAACAAGACUGGAUCACCUUUACAACAACCACCAAAUGAUUCUUUGGACCCACCUUCAUCAUCUGCUCCUAAAGACCAGUCAACGAUUAACAGUACUGUGAAAGAAUUGCAAGCCCCUUUGUUGACUUGUGAAGAACAGCAGGAGUGUCAACGCAGCAGCUCAGAGAAGCUGGAAUGUUACUCACCAUCUCGACCACUGGAGGAACAUCAUAUUGCAGAACCAAAACGAAUGGGAUCGACCAGAGCAAAGAUGCUUGGGCUGAGCAAAAAAAUGGGGGAAAAGCUUGAAGAGAAGCGACGUCAUAUUGAAGAAAAGGGAAGGCACAUUGUUGAAAAGAUGAGAGGACAACAGUAAACGAAAGAAAAUACAAAAAGUGGAAGGAAGCCCCUUGUAUGUUAUGAGAGCGCUAACACAUCUGAUCCGAUAUUUGAUAGGUAAAUUGAGUUGUAAUGUUGCAGGAAAUGAUGAUUUAUAUCAACUUAAUAAAUUUCUUUGAUUUAGAGUGCUUGGUUCA